CAAAGAAGCCCCCACUACUCCCGCACGGCUCCAUCUUCCUCCUCCAAGAUGGAGGCCUUAGGGGGCUACCGUAACAAGUCGUCCAAUCCCAAAGCAAAAAAGUUGACUGUUCUGCUGAGCAUGACAGUCGGUGUUGGCUGUUUAUUCCUCCUGCAAACACAGCUGACGAAGCCCAGAAAGCCAAAGGAUUUUUAUGCUUUCGAAGUGAAAGACGCGAAGGGGAAGACUGUUUCUCUGGAGAAGUACCGAGGAAAAGCGUCUUUGGUUGUAAACGUGGCGAGUCACUGCGAGCACACAGAGGCGAACUACAGGUCCCUGCAGGAGCUCCACCGGGAGCUGGGCACCUCUCACUUCAACGUCCUGGCCUUCCCCUGCGGUCAGUUCGGGGAAACUGAGCUCGGAGCCAGCAGAGACAUCGAGGCUUUCGCUAAGUUUACCUACGGAGUCACUUUUCCUUUCUUCAGUAAGAUAAAAAUAAUGGGCUCAGAGGCGGAUCCUGCUAUCAGGUUCCUCACAGAUUCUGUGCAAAAACUUCCAAAGUGGAACUUCUGGAAGUUUCUGGUGAAUCCGGAGGGUCAAGUGGUCCGUUUCUGGAGAACGGAUGAGUCCAUGGAGAGCAUUAGAAAAGAAGUGGCGACGCUGGUUCGAGCAAUCAUCCUGAAGAAGCGUCAGGAGCUGUGAUGGAAAGUUUACAUCUGUUGAUAUUGCACAUAAAUCUGUGUUUCCAGCAGAGGACUAACUGAACAAUGAGCACUGUUACAGUGAAUCUGGUCAGGUGAUCUCUCACUACAGGAAACAGGCAGGAUAAAAAGAUCAGUGAAGAAAGGUCGGUGAAGACUCAAUCACAGCUAGAUAGCCUGUGUGUGAGUCUGUGUGGGGGGACCACCCUGUGGUAAACAAUGACAAUCAAGAUGAACAUUCCUGAUUAGGACCACUGCUGCAGCUGAAGGAUUGUUUAGCCAUUGAAGUGUUGGGUUUUAUAAAUAUUGAGGUAGAAAUCAUCUCUCUUACAUACCAUCUUUUCCCUGUUUACAUUUCAGCAAAACAUGUUGUUCUAUUUUGACUGGUUUGAGCCACGCAAACAGAAUUGUUGAAUAAAAUGACCUUUUGAUUUA